AUGACCUUGACAUCUCUCGUUUGGGUCGUCGUCAUGGUGAUUCUCGGCUCCCUCCCCACCUCCCGCUCGGUCACGCCUUGGAAUCCAUCGUUGCCAUGGAAGCCGUCGAUGUCAAAUUACCACAACCAUCCUUGCUCACGAGAGUGUGUAGAGGGCGCCCCGUCACUGGUUUGCGAGUACGAUUUUAUUAUUGAGUACUACUACACCCUUACUCGCGCCUGCUACAACUGCCCGUACAACCAGACGGACUGUUUUCGCCCGCAUUGCGUGCCUGCAGAUGGAAGGUCACGUGGUAUAUUGACUGUUAACAGAAUGAUUCCAGGACCUGGAAUUCACGUUUGUGUCGGAGAUGUUAUCCGGGUGAAUGUAAAGAACAUGCUAGAAGGAUCAGAGGGGACCACCAUUCAUUGGCACGGGGUUCUCCAACACGGAACUCCUCACAUGGACGGCGUUUCCAUGUUGACGCAGUGCCCUAUCCAUGCUCACUCCACAUUUCAGUACGAUUUUUUGGCAGAACUUCCGGGCACUCAUUAUUGGCAUGCGCACGCCGGCCUGCAAAGAGCUGAUGGUCUAUUUGGGGCUCUUGUGAUUCGCCAACCACGAUCACGUGACGUGCAUGCUGCUGAGUAUGAUUUCGACCUCCCUGACCAUACGGUGAUCAUUAAUGAUUGGUUGUCGGAAAUGAGCGCCACUCGAUACACCGGACACCACCACGCUAUGACUGAACACGCUCCGGACUCCAUCCUCAUUAACGGUCACGGGUCCAAGUAUCUGUUUAGUGAGUCUCCGUCUCAUAACGACCAUUCCCAUGGACACAUGGACCACGCGACGGCCAACAAUGGACAUGAUGGCCACGAGAUGCACUCAAUGGGAACAGUACCUCAUAACCAACCAACUGUACACAGCGGAGGUUCCAUCAUAUCCGGUCAUAAUGGUAUGACGCAUAGUGACCAAUCACAUGAUCAAAAUUCUAACCAUUUGUCACAUGGUCCUAGUCCGACUAUGUUGGCCACUGAACCUCCUAUGUCUCAUGGUGACCACCAAGGAAUGGCAGGGAAUGAUGCACAUGGCGACAUGGGACAGCCAAUCGGAACACACCCUGCAACAACGCCAGAGGGGCAUUUGGAAAGUGCUCGUGAAAACAUGCAUACUGACGGUACAACUGAUGGCCAUCACCAUCAUCAACGGUCAAGAAGGAGCUCAGAAAAGCCAGGUUGUAGUAAGGACCGGGGAGUGCACACGCCCCAUGCUGUCUUCCUUGUUUCUCAAGGCUUCCGGCAUCGAUUCCGUUUGAUAAGCAACGGAGUCAACAAUUGUCCCAUUAAUUUUUCUGUUGAUAACCAUACUCUGAUUGUGAUUAGUUCUGACGGAUCUCCAUUUAAACCUGUUAAGGUAGAGUCUUUAAAUAUGUUUGCCGGUGAACGUUAUGAUGUUAUAAUUGACGCCACCAAUCCUGUUGAUAAUUAUUGGAUUCGAACCAAGGGCAUGGCAGAUUGUGGACCAGAAAUGAAAUCUGCUGCUCAGACCGCCAUCCUGCGUUAUGUAGAUGCGUCCGACACACUUCCACGUGGAUGUACGGACUAUGAAAGUGGCCAUCGAUAUGGUAUGAAGCUGAAUCCCUUCAACGAAGAGAUGAAUUCAGACGGGGUGAUCACUGUGGCAGAUCUGUUAUCGACAGAACCAAACGACAUUUCUCUCAAAUCCAUCCCAGAUAGGCAGUUUUAUCUUGGUAUGGACUUCAACUUGGUGGAAAACUACCGCUUCCAUGACCCAGAUUUCUACUCGUUGUCGUCUCAGAUGAGGGCAGGAGUUGGUCAUCACGCCCAUCAUCUCUUCACUCCUCAGAUUAACGGUAUCACCUACAUCAACCCCCCAUCGCCACCAUUGUCUCAGUAUCAUCGUGCCUCUCAAUUUUUCUGUGACGAAAACGAUUUCCAAGUAGAUUGCAAAUCGCAGUUGUGCGAGUGCACUCACCGAUUGAGGGUCAAGGUCGGCGAGGUCGUGGAGCUUGUCCUAAUUGAUGAGGGUAAACAUUUGGACAACAGUCACCCCAUGCAUCUUCACGGACAUAGCUUUAGGGUCGUAGCUACGGAAAAGCUGAACACGUCAACCAGUGUAGAUUAUGUGAAGAUGCGUGACCGUAUAGGGUUAAUCGGCAGGAAUCUGGACAGGCCGAUCACCAAGGAUACCGUUAAUGUCCCGGAUGGUGGCUACACUAUUGUCAGGUUCCAUGCUAAAAACCCUGGAUUUUGGUUGCUACACUGUCACAUAGCUUUCCACAUGGCUAUGGGUAUGAGUAUCGUGAUCCAGGUGGGCGAGGUGGAGCAGAUGCCCGCACCUCCCAAGAAUUUUCCACUCUGCGGGGAUUGGACACCACAUAUCCAACGGAUGGACGAGUACCCUGGAUGUCCCCAGCAGUCUACGGCCUAUCCUCUGGUCAUGGGCUCUGAUGUAGGCUCUGACGUAGGCACUGACGUGGGCACGACCUAUUACGACUCUACCGUCCAACCAGUACUUAUCUUUAUUUCUUUGAUUAUUUCCCUUUUUAACAGCGUCACACAAACUACCUGAUAAACGCUACACAUAGAGAACUUAUUUAUCAUUUCUGAAAUCCAUUGAACUCACAACAUUGGUGUUGGUUUGAUAUAGUAGCAGUUUUUAUUGGUUCAGCGUGGCAAAGACUUAAAUCAAGGUAAUUUGUACUGACAUUUCAGAGAUCUUGUAUUUCGUCGACAUCGCAGGUUUAUUGUUAUAAGAUAAAUACUUAUGUUUCCUACCUACUGUAUAGAAUAACUCCUGUAUUGUGUCAAGGGAAUCUUAACUUUAUAUGUAACACUGUACCACUUUACAGUUUAAUAUUACAACUUAUGUCCCAUUUUACCUCUAGUUGCUAUUGCAGUGCUUUGUGAUACUUCUACAGUCUUUUUCGUCACACGAAAUCCUCAGAACACUAUUCAAUCAUUUGAUACCAGAUGAAUUGCGUUCUAUAUGACCAACCCAUUCUGCUGAUUGAAAGUGUUGAUAUACUCCAGAAAUCCACUUCAGAUUUUUUAUUACUUACAUAAUUUAUUCUCGAUAUUUAAAAUCGAUUUAAAUUAUCCAAAUUAAAUUCCGUUAAUUGUAAAUAU